UGUAAAUGGGGCUAGUGUGGCUAUGAGGAUUAGCAGAUUUUCCCUGGAUGGCUUACUCCUGAGGUCCAACAAACACUGUGGAGCAAGCCCAGGGCUUGGAGUUUCUAAAGGCAGCAACUUGGGGCUGUUAGGACUGCUAGGACUCAAGAUUGCACUCCCCAAUUCUUGGCCUGCAUUUUGCCCUGGAGGUCUGGUGACAUUUUAACCCUGGGGGCGUCUGUUCCCUGAGUCUCUGGCUCUCGGCUCAGCCCGUAGUCUACACCUGCACCUGCCAAAGUCCCUCUUCCUUGUUCAUUGGGGCGGUGCCUGGUGAGAUGUCACCUUUAAGGACAGUGCGGACUCAAUGGACAGGAUCACGUUCAGCGCCACCAGUGCGGUUGUAAAAAUGACAGGCGAGUACCUUGGAGCAGCCACGCGGGAGCUGGAACUGGAGUUCCGUGAGGCCGGGGCCCCGGCUGCUGGGCAGCGGCUCCUCCUGGACGCGGCCCCGGCGGAGACCCAGCCACAGGCACCGUCCGGCCCCCGGCGGAGCGCCCGGGCCGAGAGCGCGCUGCGCUGGUUCACCACCGCGGUGCUGUGCGCCGCCUUCCUGGGGCUGGGAUUGAGUGUUGGUAUACUGGGACCUACAUUUCAAGAUUUGGCAACAAAUGUAAACCGAAAUAUCAGCAGUCUUUCUCUAAUUUUUGUCGGCCGGGCCUCUGGAGUCUUGUGCGGCUCUAUGAUUGGUGGUGUUCUUUUUGAAUGUAUGAAUCAUGUUUUACUUCUGGGGUUGUCAAUGUUGGCUACCACAGUUGGCCUUUACCUCAUUCCUUUUUGCAAGACAGCAGCAUUACUGAUUACCAUGAUGUCUGUGUUUGGUGCUGCAGCUGGUGCUCUGGACACAGGUGGGAACAUCCUUAUCUUGGCUCUAUGGGGGGACAAAGGAGCCCCACAUAUGCAGGCCUUACACUUCAGUUUUGCCUUGGGUGCCUUUUUGGCUCCUAUUCUGGCAAAACUGGCCUUGGGGACAACAGUAUCACCUGAAAACCACACAGAGCCUCACCUUCACCCUGCAGCCCUCAACCGAUCUCCUGAAGCCGACCCAGGCCUUCUGUUUGCAGCGCCUGAUGACUUGAACUUACUGUGGGCUUAUGCUGCUAUCGGCACUUACACCUUUGUAGUUUCUGUCUUCCUGUUUGCUCUGUUUUUCAUGAAAAGCUGGAAGCAUGAAAAAUCAACAGCGUCUGCUCAGGAAUCUCGAAGAGCUAAACAUCACAGAGCCCUGCUCUGCCUCCUUUUCCUCUUCUUCUUUUUUUACGUUGGAGCUGAGGUAACCUAUGGCUCUUAUGUUUUCUCAUUUGCAACCACCCACGUUGGCAUGGAGGAGAGCGAGGCUGCUGGCUUGAACUCCGCCUUCUGGGGGGCCUUUGCAGCCUGCAGGGGCCUGGCAAUCUUGUUUGCCACAUGUUUACGGCCUGGAACCAUGAUUGUGGUGAGCAACAUUGGCAGCCUGGUGUCAUCUUUAUUCCUGGUGCUUUUUGACAAGAACCCACUUUGUCUCUGGAUAGCAAGUUCAGUGUAUGGAGCCUCGAUGGCCACCACCUUUCCCAGCGGUAUUUCUUGGCUUGAGCAGUACACGAGCAUAAGCGGAAAGUCUGCAGCUUUUUUUGUGGUUGGUGCUUGUCUGGGAGACAUGGCUAUUCCUGCAGUAAUUGGAAUACUUCAGGGAGAAUACCCAGGUUUGCCGGUAGUUCUGUACACGUGUUUGGGGUCAGCAAUAUUCACUGCUGCAUUAUUUCCUGUGAUGUAUAAGUUAGCCACCUUGCCUCUGGAUCAGCAGAAGGAAAAGAGAAAGAAUGAGGACCAGAAAGCUUUGCUUUCCUCUCCUACGCUAAUUGAGUAUGAGGAAGAUGGUGAAGAGGAUGCAGAAGAACAGAAUGAGGUGGAUUUUGAAGUGGUUGAAAUGAGUGAUACAAUGAGACCUUCUGUUAUACAGAUGUCAGAAAUAUUUUAUUGGUGCCAAUAGUUAACCUAUACAACCAGUUCUCAAAUGCAAUGAUAUUUUAAUUUUUCUACAGUGAAUACUGAUGAUUCCUCCAGGGAGCCCCUUGUGAGAAACCAGUACAAAAUAGACUAACACAUAGCAGAUGGAUUACUUCCAGGAUCCAUUGAAUAACUUUGUCUUCUAUAUAACCAGUCAGAUCCAAUCUUCUGCAGAUUUUUAGCAUGUAUUCAGAAUGACAAUUUCCUAGGUCCAUUUACAGCCAAUAUUUUUACAUGUUCUCCAAUUCCCAGAGACUUUUAUAAACUACUAAGUGGUAGGAUACAGUAGGAUCUUAUAGGAAAUUAGCAUUCAGCAUUAGACUUACUAGAGAAUAUUUUAUGCCUCUACUUUUGAGAGCAUACAAACAAAGUAUAUUUGAAAAAUGGCUACUCUCUGAUAAAGCAAAAUCACAAAUGAGCAGAACAGUUUUGCUGUGCAAAGUAUCAGGUAUCUGUAUGCUGCUUGGGAUUUAGGAAAGAGUGAUGUUAUGAACUAGUGUCUUUGGAAUUAGAUACAUGCUUUCAUUAAUUGCUUUAUGUUAUAUGUAUGGCUUCGCCAAAAUAUGCUAAUGACACUGAUUUGUGUGUUUUUAUGAGGGGAACAUCAAACAGGUGAAGAGACCCGACUUUAAGAUGUGAAUGUGCCUCCUGCCUUUACAUCCAGACACUUAAGCCUUGUUUAUCUCGUGACUUAUGACUCUAGCAAUAAAAAUUAGAUGAUUUAAAAAUUGAGUAACCCAUCAGUUUUUAAGUUGGUGCAAAAUGACUCCUAAGAGUCCAGUCUUUAUCUGAAAAUGAAAAGUGAAACCAAAAUAUGAUAAAAUUGUAAAAUUUUAAGAAUGUGUUACUGCUUAUGAAUACAUGUAAAUGUGAUAUCACCUCUAUUUAAUCAUCAUUUGCAUAAUUCUCUAAAGAACAUAGGGAUCAAAUAUACAUUUGAUCCCUUCUGAAAUAUGCAUUUUCUCAUAUCUGUCAAACAGGUAUGUGUAACAAUCAAUGAUCAUUUAAGAUGGUGACAAAUUAGAAUUGACAGUUUUGCCUUAUAAAUAUGUAAAACUAUUGCAUUUGAUAGUGUCUUACAUUUCGACAAAUAAAAUAAUUUAUUCAGUUGUACAGAUUAAACUAUUUUAUAGACAAUUUUAAAAGAAACAUUAUUGUCCUUAUUUAUUUAUUUAUAUAUUGGUACCAGCGAAUCAAACUCACAACCUCAGGCUUACCAGGCUAGCACCUGAGCCACUGAGCCAAAUCCCCAGCCCAUCCUCCUUAUUUUAACACAAGGUUUCAUUGUGUUGUCCAGGCUGAUCUCGAAUUCCUGGGCUCAAACCAUCCAAACCUAACGCAUGGAGAGGGCUGGCCCAGAGAGUGAAAGUGAGAAGCCUGCUGCUUUGUUUUUUAGACCAUGUUUCCCCCUUAGCCUGAGCUUACAGAGCACCUCUGCUCCGUUUGCUGGUUUUCCCAAGUCUGUAGGGCUUUAAGCAGUAGCAGUAGUUUGGCUGAUGACAGUCUUGAUGCAAGAAAGAUACUAUUGUCAGCAUCUACUUUUAGAUGGUAGAAGAUAGAGCUGAGGGAGAGACUGUGGUGGUAAUAACAUGACAUAAGAUCCGGAAAUCUACACUGGAAAAUUCACUCGACUCCACAUACAACAAGCAUGAACGGAUAUUGUCUUACGAAUUUAACAAGCUCCUAAAUGAUGCAGUGUUGCCGACCCAUGAACACACUUUGACUAAAAGUCAUUAUUGGAGUAUAGAAUACUUUUCUGCCCACAGGAGUUUUGUUUGUUUUUAGUUUAAAAUUUUUAAAUUUGACUGUAUUAUAUCACUGGAAGAAUACAGUCUCUGAGUCCCUCUUCACAGACACACAUCCCAUGUGCUGUAACCCUAGCUAAAAAUACUUUGAAGCUGUAGAACAGAUAUCUUUAGCCUUCUCCCUUUACCUGGUAGACUAUUGGUUGUCUAUGUCAGGUUCAUGGAGUAUCUCUGCUGGGAGCACAGUGGACACUGAGGAAAACAUCAGAGGCCGCUGCCUUCACAGAACUUCCCUUCUAAUGCAGCACUGUCCCGUAAAGCUGCUGCUCUGGUGGAGAUUCACUUUAUCUGCCCUGGCCAGUAAUACUACUCGCCGUAGUUAAGAGUGAAUUGAGAUCUCAGAAUACGGCUACUAUGACACCAAAUGCAUUUUUAAUCUAAAUUGAAAUGUUUUCUUUAGCUAGUGGCUGUGACAUGGAAGCCUAGUCCAAGAAGCAAGACAUCAAAUUCUUAACUAAAGAAGAUGUUCCCAAGAAGGGUGUUAUCUCCUGUGGUCAUGGAAAUUAACAUGUGUCAGACAUCAGAAAGGUUAGGUAGACACCUUGUUAAAUGGCAUGGUAUAAAUUAUCAUGGCCUUUGGUAAAGGCUUGGUCUUACUAAGUCAUGAUGAUAGAGAGUGGUAGUUAUCUUACAAAGAGGUGACAUAAAAAGAAUUAAGAUGUGUUAUAUAUACACACCAACUCCCCAUGAUGAUUGUAAUCAUCAUGUACUAUGAACAUGUGCUAAUAAAAGUAAAAACUUGGGACCUCAACGCCCCCCAAAGAUGGAGGAGGAGCCCACUCCACAUACAGUGGUUGCCCCUUGCCAGCUCUGACCUACAGAUUCUGCCCCCUGGCUGCUACCCACAAACACCAAGACUGAUACAUGCUUUGUUUCCCCUGGACACUGGGCAGCAGAGGCACCAAUGAAACCACCAGCCUGAACACAGACACGGCCAAUGCCCUAGGUAAAGAAGGUAAGCCUGGGAGUCGACAUAUCCACCAGGAAAUGAGACCUGGCCCACAGUGUUGGCCCCAAGAAAAACCCAUGGAGGAAAAAAAUCCCGACUUGGAUUCCAAGGUUACAAAUCUUGCAAAGAAACCAGUCAUUUGAAGAGGAAAGAAAAACAUGAAAAACAAAACCAAAAAAGAAUAGUGUUAUGUACAUGUACCAAUUCCUGACAGUGAACAAAAUUAUGAACUGCAAACAUGUACUAAUAAAAGUCAAAAAUAAAAAAGAAACCACUCAUUCAAAAA